CCCUUAAUUUCACAGCAAAUGAGAGGUGCACAAUGUUAAUGGCCACCACCAUACCCACACCCAUUCUCUGUAACUUUCUCUUUCUUUUGUGCAAUGAAUGCAACAAUCUCAAUUCAAUUUCACCUGCAUUUGUCGCUUCCAUUUCCGUCUUUUAAAACUUCUUCCUAUUGAACGGUAAUUGUUUCAAAAAAAAAAAAAAAAAAAAAAGAAAAGAAAAAAAAAUCAAAACAGGAAGACGAACCAACAGUGGAACUCCACAAACCAGCCACAUGCUGUAUCUCUUUCACUAUAAAUACCCAUUUAACUGAUCUUGCCUUUUCUUUCUUCUGUCUUUGUCACUUACUAUCUUUCCACUUCACACUCUAUAGUUGCCAGAAUUUUGAAGAUUUUUCUGGGUUUGUUUUUGUUUGUUUUCAUGUGUUUUUGGGGUCUAAUUCUGGGUUUUUGGAUUGUUUGAAUUUGAUCAAGAAAUGGGUACAAUUGAGAAAGAUCAAACUGCGGUGGCUGCUGCGGCGGCGAAAGAGGACAGAAGUGGGUUUACCCCUCAAACACUCCGUCAAAUUCUGCUUGUUUCUGCUGGUGCUAGUCACUCUGUUGCUCUUCUUUCUGGAAAUGUGGUUUGCUCUUGGGGAAGAGGUGAGGAUGGACAAUUAGGCCAUGGAGAUGCUGAAGAUCGAUUUUCACCAGUGCAAUUAAGCGCAUUGGAUGGGCACGAUGUUAACUCCAUUACUUGUGGAGCUGAUCAUACCCUUGCAUAUUCUGAGCCACGUGUGCAAGUCUACAGUUGGGGAUGGGGUGAUUUUGGAAGAUUAGGUCAUGGAAACUCUACCGAUCUAUUCAUUCCUCAUCCAAUCAAGACAUUAGAUGGUGUCAAGAUCAAGCAGAUUGCUUGUGGAGACAGUCACUGUUUGGCAGUCACUAUGGAUGGGGAGGUAGCAAGUUGGGGAAGGAACCAAAAUGGCCAGCUUGGUAUUGGAACUGCUGAGGAUUCACUUAUCCCACAAAAGAUUCAAGCCUUCCAGGGAAUACCUGUGAAAAUGGUAGCUGCUGGUGCUGAGCAUAGUGCUGCUGUCACGGAAUCUGGUGAGGUGUAUGGCUGGGGAUGGGGCCGGUACGGAAAUUUGGGGUUAGGUGACAGAAAGGAUCGCUUAGUUCCCGAGAGAUCUUCGUCGAUUGAUGGUAUAAAAAUGAUUCAAGUUGCAUGUGGAUGGAGGCAUACAAUAACUGUUACCUCUUCUGGCAGUAUAUACACUUACGGAUGGAGUAAAUAUGGUCAGCUGGGGCAUGGAGAUUUCGAAGAUCAUUUAACUCCAUAUAAGUUGGAAGCUCUAAGUGGUCAAAUCAUUUCUCAGAUCUCAGGUGGUUGGAGACAUACCAUGGCAGUUACUUCUGAAGGAAAGCUUUAUGGAUGGGGAUGGAAUAAGUUUGGACAGGUGGGUGUGGGUGACAAUGCUGACUGCUGCUCUCCUGUGCAAGUUUUGUUUCCCCAUGAUCAGAAAGUAAUGCAAAUUUGCUGUGGAUGGAGGCACACAUUGGCUGUUACAGAGAGGAAUAAUGUGUUUUCUUGGGGAAGAGGUACUAAUGGUCAGCUUGGGCAUGGGGACUCUGCAGAUAGAAAUUCUCCAACAAUGAUAGAGGCCUUGAGCAUGGAAGGAUCUGGUGGUCAAAGGAUCGAGGCAUCAAAUGCAGAUCCAUCAGCAGGGAGAAUUUUGGUUCCACCAUCAGGAAGAUAUGCUGUCGUCCCUGAUGAGCAAGCUUCAACUGCAGGCUCAAGGGACAAUGGUGGUGACGCAAGUGUACCAGAAAAUGACGUAAAACGGAUACGAGUUGGCCCUGGACCUGCUUAACAGCAUGAGAUAUAGGAUGAUUUGCAGGAACAAAGUUUCUUCUGAGCUUCAUGGGACUGAUCUGCGUGUAUUUUGUAUAUAUACGUCUGUUAUUCAAGAUAAACUUCAUUGGAUGUAUCUGAUCGACCACUCUUGAUCAACGCUCCAUUGUUUUGGUCUCUAUCAAUGCUUACCCCCCUGUUUCUUUUGCGGCGAAUGUUUGGCUGUACAACAGUACACUUGAGAAUUUGGGAAGAUUUUGCAAAGUUGCAGUUGAGUCUUAUUUGCACUUUGUUUAAAUUUUUGGAAAUGAUGCAUGAUCACAUUGGCACAGUCCACACCCCAAGGUCCCCAAGCCUUCUAAAAAUGCAUUGGUUAGAAUAGACAAGUACUCUAUAAUCCGAAUAUAUUAUUAUACUCCGUACUUAAACAUAAUACUCCGUAAUUCGUACGGAUUUAUUUGGGUUUAACCUUGUGAAUUGAAGCCCAACAAAAAAUUCA